AUGACUGCAAGAGACCAACAACCUAAAGAUCUACACAGGCAAUUGACAGAGAAGGACAAAGAAGUUGCAGAACUGCGAGGACAACUGAGAGCGAAGAGUCAGGAAGUUGUUUAUCUUCAGGGGCAACUGUCAGCAAGAGAUCAACGAAUCAGCGAUCUGCAGAGACAGUUGCCUACUAGUAAUCAAGAAAUAACUGAUCUGCAAAGACAAUUGAGAUCUCUCAAUGAACAGGUUUCUGACCUGGAGAGACAAUUACAUGCAAGGCCUGAGAAAGAACCAGAGAGGUCUCAACCCAGAAGUACUCAACAGGAACGUGAUUGGCUGAGAGGUCGGAAUGAACUCACUCUUUCAGAGGAACAACUUGGAAAAGUUUACUAUAUUCUCACUCAAAGUAUAAAGGAAUGCGCUCUCUUCAAGGGAAAUGUUUAUUUUGCCUCGAAAAGGUUGCAAGGCAAAGAAUUAGAAAGAGGAACGAUAUUCGAAAGCGAGCAAACCAACCAAACGCGGUUCGUUGUGGCUGAUCGCAACGAAGUCUUCUUCGAUAGGAGCUGCGUCGAGGGCCUCGACGAUAAGUUAGAACUCCUUCCAGACGCAUUAGCUGAAGACCUUUUGGAGAUUAUUUCUCUAGAGGAACGACUUCGGUUUUUCAACCGAGAAACAAGACGGGAAGGCAAUCGGGAGGACACUUACUCAGAUGCUGAACUGUUGAGACCAAGAGCAUCUUUUACAGAAGAUGCUGACGGGAAGAUAUCACCCAGACGUAGAAGGUCAGAAUCUAGGUCUACCCGACACGAUGAAGAGCGUCAAAAACUGGAAAAUGAACUAAAAUUACAGAGAGAACAAAUCAAAGACUUGACUGCAAAAAAAGAAGCAGUUAAACAGCAGUUGACCGAAAUUGAUGCUGACGGGAGGAGAGCACUCAGAGGUAGAAGGUCAGAAUCUACGUCUGCCAGGCAAAAUAAGGAGCGUCAAAAACUGGAAAAUGAACUAAAAUUGCUGAGGGAACAAAUCAGCACCUCAAUUGAGAGAAUUAAAACACUUGAGAAUCAGUUGUCCGAAAAAAGUAAAUACUAUUUACGUAGAGUUUCUAAUAAUUAGAAGUUGCAUAUAAGUGGCUCCAAAGUACAAAACUUGAAGUAUUUUGUCAAACACUGAUCAAUGUGUGGUGGAAGAAGUUAAGGCUUUAAAGGAGAUUGGAUUCAAGUCGAGAUAUAUCAA